GCAUUUCACAGGUGGCUUCCAUCCUUGAGUCCAGGUAGCACCAAUGUCAUAGUGACUGGCAAGGACAACCUAACAGCAAGCUUGAUCAACAUCAUCAGUUUUGACCUCCUCAGCAAGAUGGACAAGCAACUUAAGAGCACUUUCCAAGUAGUUAUUGUUGAUGAAUCUCAUUACCUGAAGAACAUAAAAACCGCCCGAUGCCGAGCUGCCAUGCCUCUACUCAAGGCUGCCAGGAGAGUGAUCUUGCUCUCAGGAACCCCUGCAAUGUCACGGCCCGUGGAGCUCUACACACAGAUCGCAGCGGUGCAGCCUGACUUCUUCCCACAGUUCCACUCCUUUGGGCUGCGCUACUGUGAUGCCAGGAAGAUGCCGUGGGGUUGGGACUACUCUGGAUCGUCCAACUUAACAGAACUGAAAAUUUUGCUGGAAGAGUCCAUCAUGAUCCGACGUCUGAAAUCAGAUGUGCUUUCUCAGCUUCCAGCAAAGCAACGCAAAAUGGUCAUAGUGGCUCCUGAAGGCAUCAGUGCGAAGACCAAGGCUGCCUUGGCAGCUGAAGCAAAGAGGAUGGCCAAAGGACAUAAAAGUAAACAACAGGAGAAGGAAGUUCUUCUCCUCUUCUACGCCAGAACGGCAGAAGCUAAAAUCCACUCGGUCGUAGAAUACAUCCUGGAGCUACUGGAAAGUGGGAAUCGUAAAUUCCUGGUGUUUGCACAUCAUAAGAUAAUGCUGGAUGCAAUAGUUGCAGAACUGGAGAAGAAACACGUUGAAUACAUUCGCAUCGAUGGCUCCACAUCUUCAGCCGAGCGGCAGUCUCUGUGCCAGAAGUUCCAGUUCUCAGAGAAGCAGAUGGUGGCUGUCCUGUCCCUCACAGCCGCAAACAUGGGUUUGACACUGUCUGCUGCAGACUUGGUCGUGUUUGCAGAGCUCUUCUGGAACCCGGGGAUUUUGAUCCAAGCAGAAGACCGAGCACAUCGAAUUGGACAGACCAGCUCUGUUAACGUUCACUACCUUGUGGCUAAAGGCACGGCAGAUGACUACUUAUGGCCAAUGAUUCAAGAGAAAAUCAAAGUGCUGGGGGAAGCUGGUCUUUCAGAAACGAAUUUUUCUGAAACAGCUGAAUCCAGUAAUUACUGCCCUAAG